UUUUUACAAAGGCUAGAUUAGUAAAUAUUUUGAAUAUGAGACUAGGUGGGUAAAAAUUUUUUACAAAGGGUAGAUGAGGAAUUAGAUCUGUUACAAAAGCUGGUCCCGCUUCUCUCCUCGCAACGAGAUCGUUACAAAAGCUGGUCCCGCUUCUCUCCUCGCAACGAACGCUAGCUAGCUUCUGAGCACUCGAGCUUCCCCAAGCUUCCCCACCCCAACAGCAAUGGCGACGAAGGGCUCCGCCCCCAACACUCUCCCGCAUUUCGUCCUCGUGCCCUUCAUGGCGCAGGGCCACCUCAUCCCGGCCAUGGACAUCGCCGCGCUGCUCACCGCCCGCGGCGCCGCCGUAACCCUAAUCACCACCCCCGUCAACUCCGCUCACCUCCGCCCCCUCGCCGACCGUCUCGUCGCCUCCUCCUCCCACUCCGGCCCCUUUCGCCUCGCCGAGCUCCCCUUUCCCGCCGCCUCCUUCGGCCUCCCCGAGGGCUGCGAGAGCCUCGACCUCGUCCCCUCCCGGGGCCUCGUCCUCAACCUCUUCCGCGCCGCCGCGGCGCUCCGCGGGCCCCUCACCUCCCUCCUCCGCUCCCUGCAGGGCCCGUCGCCUUCGUGCCUCGUCGCCGACAUCUGCCAGGCCUGGACCGCCGACGUCGCCGCCGACCUCGGCAUCCCGCGCCUCCUCAACCACGUCUCCUCCGGCCUCGCCGUGCUCUCCUACCUCUCCGCCGAGCGCCACGGCCUCAACGGCCCCGGCGCCGCCGCGGCGGAGCCCUUCGAGAUCCCCGGGGUCCCGCACGGGAUCACGGCCACGCGCGCCGAGGCCCCCGGGUGGUUCUGUUCCCCCGGGUGGGAGGAGAUCAAGCGGAGCACCCUCGAGGCCGAGACCACCGCCGACGGGAUCAUCCUCAACACCUUCGAGCUCAUUGAGGGCGACACCGCCGCCGCCUACGCGGCCAUGCUCGGGAAACCCGUGUACUGCAUCGGCCCCUCGUGCCUGAGUACUAAGGAUACGGUCGGCAGCGUCGGGAGAGGCGGAGAUGCCGCCGUCGACGCACCCCGGUGCGUCGAGUGGCUCGCUGCCAAGAAGCCCCGGUCGGUGAUCUACGUCAGCUUCGGAAGCCUCACCUACGUGCCGCCGAAGCAGGUCAUCGAGAUCGGCGAGGGCCUCGCGGCGGCCGGCGCGCCGUUUGUACUCGUCAUCAAGCAGACCGAGGUUCGCCCGAGAGUCGCCUGGUUAUCGGGUCAUCUAUUUCUUGAUGAUAAAGUAGCGCAGUGGCUCUCCGGCGAAGGGGGCUUCGAGGAUAGAAACAAGGAAAAGGGGAUGGUGAUAAGAGGGUGGGCUCCGCAGGCGGUGAUACUGUCGCACCCGUCGGUUGGGGGGUUAGUGACGCACUGCGGCUGGAACUCGGCGCUGGAGAGCGUGACCGCAGGACUGCCCGCAGUCUGCUGGCCGCACUUCGGCGACCACUUCAUGAACAAGAAACUAGUCGUCGACAUACUCAGGACCGGCGUGGACGUGGGGAUUAAAGGCUCGCUUGCCUUCAUGGAUCCGAACGGCAUGCAGCAGGUGUCGAGGCAGGAGGUGGAGCGGGCGGUGCGGAGUCUGAUGGACGGCGGGGAGGAGGCAGAGGAGCGGAGGCAGAGGGCGGCCAAGUUCGCGGAGGAGGCGAGGAAGGCGAUGCAGGAAGGAGGGUCGUCUUACAAGGACCUGGACAGGCUCAUGCAGUUCGCCUCGCAGAAAGAUUGCAACGGAGCAGAUUAGAUUCAGAUAUUAGAUUAUGAAUUUAUCAUUUGAAUAAAAGUUGGUGCGUCUUUCAUCUGUUGAGUUAUGCAUGAGUACGUAGACAUGUCCUGUUGCACCAAUUUGCUUUUUUUUUUUCCUCUAAAAAUAGAAUUUUAUGGGGAUCCAUUGCAGAUAAAAUAAUACCACCCAGAUUAGGCACAUGUCCACAAAUCUAAUCUUAAAACUCUCUAGUCCGAUUUUUCAUAUGGCUGCCUCCCUAAUAAUUAAUGGUUGAAAAAAGCUCAUCCAAAAAUUACAAUUCCUUGUACAUAAGCCUUUUAAGUCAGAAGAGGAGUCAGGUGUAAUCUUCUCUUAUUUAAUGAAUCUUAUUUUACCUGUA